AUGAAUGUGAAGUACUGCCCGAAGUGCCCGUUCUUCUCUUACCAGCUAACCAGAGUGAUAACGCAUAUAGGUUUAGUGCACAGUGGAGAGCCGAACUUCAGCAUAUUCUGCGGCAUCGAAGGCUGCGCCAACACGUACAGGAACUUUUCCUCGUAUAGGUCACACCUGUAUCGUCGCCACACAGCCGUGCUAGAAGAAAAUGGCAGCAAUUGCCAUCAGCCAUCCGUCGAGCGCCCAAGUCUUGGAAGUAGCGCUGAACUGCCAUCAAGCGAAGAGUUUCUACAAGAAAUGGACAGUGCCGACAUGGCAGCCACCGACAGCGGUAAUCUGCAGGAAGAAGCCUCUGCGGAAGAUUUGCCAUCACAGCAGAGGGCAGCUCCAGAUAAUCACUUUGAGCGCUUUCUGCAACAAGCGAAAUCUACGAUAUGGGAUUUCUUCUUUUCCGUUACAGCGCAACAUAGCAUAGCGUAUGUUGCAGCUGAGAAGAUAUUUACUGAAUUGAAGGUAGUGUUUGAGCUUGUGCUAAAGGCAUAUGGCGAAGAGCUUGUGAAGACAAUGAGGGCACCGGCGAUGGGCUCUGAAUUGCAGAGUCUUCUUCACUGUUCAUUUCUGCCUGAACUGUUUGAUGGAAUUGACAGCAAAUGGAAACGGGAAAAGUAUAUAGUGGAGAAUUUUCCAUUUGUGCCACCUGAAGAGCACUAUGUAGGCGAGGCUGCAAAAUAUCACUACGUCCCAUUGCCAAAACUCCUGACUGCACUUUGUCAGCUCCCUGACGUUGCAGCUCAUUUGACACUACCAAAUAUCGAGCGGCAUGCACCCUCAGUGUACAGAGAUUACACAGAUGGCCUGGUGUACAGGGACUACCUGCAAUCUGUCAUUCCAGAGGGCAGCACGCACAGUAUUAUUCUUUUAUUUUACACAGAUGAGAUAGAAGUGGUAAAUCCCCUCGGAGCAAAGCGAGGCAAACACAAGAUUCUUGCUGUAUACUGUGGCUUGCUGAAUCUCCACACCAAGUAUAGAUCCCAGCUUGACAAUAUCUAUCUGAUCAUGCUUGUGCGCUAUGUGCAUGUCAAGAUUCAUGGUCUCGGCAGCAUACUGCAGCCACUGUUGGAAGAUCUGAAGAAGAUGCACAAGGAGGGCCUCACAUUAAGUGUUGAAGGACAUGACAUAAAUGCCAAAGUUGUUGUGUUCGCCUUUUGUGGAGACAAUCUGUCACUGAACCGCCUAGGUGGUUUCUCAUGCUGCUUCAGCAACGGACGAGUUUGUCGUUACUGCAUGGUAUCGGCAAAGCACCUAGCAGAAAAGACCAGCGAAAUAAUGUGUCAGGCACGCACAUUUGACAGGCACAAGUUGCACUUAGCGGCUGUUGCUGUAAACAUAGCUAACAGACGCCUAUAUGGUGUCAAUGAGGCCUCUCCUCUGCUUCAGCUUCCAUACUUUGAUGUGACUCGGCAGUUGCCUCCGGAUAUCAUGCACGAUAUCUUAGAAGGUGGAGCAGAAUGUGUCCUUCGACAAGUCCUAAAAUCGCUCCAAUCUUGUAAAUUGCUGUCUAAGCAAGAUCUGGAUGAAGGUGUCGUCAUUUGA